AUGGAAGACGGGUGGGUGUACGUCGCCUCAGCAUCCUCCUUCCUCUUCCUUCUCUUCUUGUUCAAAUUGCAGAGAAGCAACAAGAGGAAUUCCCCACCGAGCCCGCCUUCACUCCCUAUCAUCGGCCACCUCCUCCUUAUUAAUGAGCCAGUUCACCGGACCCUUCAGUCUCUCUCUAACCGCUAUGGCCCGGUCCUCUCCCUCUCCUUUGGCUCUCGCUCCGUGGUUGUCAUAUCCUCCCCAUCCGUGGCCGAGGAGUGCUUUACCAGGAAUGACAUUGUCCUCGCCAACCGCCCUUGCCUGCUCUUUGCCAAGAUUAUGUUCUAUGGUGGCACAACCAUCGGCUUUGCCCCUUAUCGGCCCCAGUGGCGCAACCUCCGCCGCCUCACAGCACUCAAAAUCCUUUCCCCCCACAGCCUUGCCUGCUCCCUCACUGGCCGGCUAGAGGAAGUAAGGCUCCUCGUGAAGAGCCUUUAUGAGGUGGCCACGGCGGCGCCAGGGGGUGGCGGUUUCACGAGGGUGGAGAUGAGGUCGAGGCUGGAGGAGAUGUCCUUCAACAUCAUCAUGAGGAUGAUCUCUGGGAAGCGCUGCUUUGGGGCUACCGUCGAUGCAGGUGACACCGAGGUGGCCAGGCGGUUAGUGGAGUAG